CGCGGGCAGCGCCGGGCGGGCAGCGCCGGGAUGUGACGGGGCGGCCGCCCCGCUCCGCCGAGCCGCAGCCCCAGGGGGGCUCGGGACCCCCCGCGGCCCGGGAGGCUGUCGGGGGGGGGGGGGCGGCGCCGGGCCCCCCUCUGCCACCGCCGCCACCGCCGCCCCGGCCAUGGCGGAGGGGCCGCCGUACGGCGGGGGGCAGCUGGCGGGGGGCGCGGCGGGGGGCGAGCUGCCCUUCCCCGUGCCCCUCCGCCACGGCCCCGACGCGCUGCUGGCGGCCGGGCAGGGCAAGCGGCCCCCCAAGCUGGGGCAGAUCGGACGCAGCAAAAGAGUGGUUAUCGAAGACGAUAGGAUCGACGACGUGCUGCAGAACCUCUCCGAAAAGGCCCCCCCCGGCGUCUAAUGCCCCCUCGGCAGGGAUUUCUGCUCUCUGAGGUUAUCGGCCAAAAUCCCAGCACCGCCGGCACGAGGACGAGCGGCGCAGAAUCCCCCCAAAUGAUGCGAAAUUACACCUAAAAAUAAUAACAAAAACCGAGAACAAAAAAAUCAUCGUCAUCAUCACCCCCCCCCCCCCUUGCUCCCAAAUGCCCCCGAUGCAGUUCUGCCGUGGGGCUGCCCCACGGGGGGUCCCAAGCCCCUCCGAAGCUGCGUUCAGGCGGUGGAACCCAAGCGCAGGUUCCCUUCCCGGCGCUCCGUUCGUUUCGGUUUUUAAUUUGAUGUCUUUGGAUGUUGGCGAAUGCUAUAAACCUAUAGAUAUCUCCGUUUCAUUUCGGUCGCGUUUUGAGGUUGGCGGGGGGGGGGGGGGAAAGAAACUUUUAUAAAGGGAUGGGUUUUGGGGAUGGGGUGGUUGGGGGAGGGGGGGGAAUGGGGUUUUUAUUGACGGCGCUUGCACAAGGGAGCGAUGGGAGGAUGUCUAUGGGGUCGCAGCUUUCCUUACAGCCAUGCAGUGUGGUGUGGGUGACCUUCGUUUGGUUCAUUUUUCUUCCCUCGUGGCAAUUUCCCUCUCUCUCACAGACCGUCCGUAAGGAAACGGAUCGACGCCGACGAGAACUGCUGUCAUCCGGAGUGCCAAAACGCAGGGCUCCGUCGGGCUCUUGUGGGGUUCUUUAUUUUUUUCUUUCCUUCUCUUUUUAAUUUUUAAUUUUUAACUAUUUCGCAUGAGAUGCAAAAAAAAAAAUAAAAAAAUAAAAUAAAAAUAAGAAAAAUUUAAAAAGGGAAAAAAUAUAUAUAUAUAUAUCUAUUCCCCUCUUGUGAUGAGGGUGAUUUUGUUGUAUGUUUGCGGCUCGGAAUGACGGAGCGUGGCCGGGUGUCCUCUCCUCCUUUAUGGGAAUAUCGUGUCUGGUGCACUGUCCUCCACACACAGGGCUAUUUCUGCAAUGAUGUACCAAUAAAAAAGGAAAAUGAGACAAAAGG